AUGCCAAAUAAAAGAAAAAAUUCAGCCGGUCCGACGGGAUCAAACAGUCGUAGGCAAGGUUCAGGUACACGGAGUAAAAUAUCCAAAAAAGGCCACUCCCGCUCACGUUCUAAAAAAAAGAAACGCACUCACCCGAAAGUGAACGAAGGGGCACCAGUGGUUCCGAGCAAGCACACGAAAUUCGAUCCUCACCCCAACAAUCCUGGAAAUGUUGAAUGCUUCGAAGGGAAAGCCGUGGAUGCAGCUGAUGCGAGUAACAGCGAGUAUAUUGAUGUCGAUGACGAUGAGGACGAUGACAGCGAAAUGAUUAACUCCUCUUCAAAUGAACAAUCCAUACAAAUGAAAAUUUCGGACAGCGCUUGUCCAGCUGAUGAAACGCUGCAGGACUUUGCCCAACCUCACAUGAAGCACGGUUCAAAAGCACCUAGCAGAAGAGAUUCUCUGGAAGUAGUUGCAUCUGAUCUCCUUCAACAUCGCAAAAGAAACGCUGAAGAGGCAAACAUCAACGACGACCAGGACACGAUGACGCCCAAGAAGCAGCAAAAUUUGAACGCGCAAAUCGAACUCUUACAAAAAUCUACAGAGAAACUAAAAAUCUCUCCUAGUCCUUGGGUUUACGUCAGAAAUAAUGCUUCUGAAAGAAGAAAGCAUCCUGAGUGCUACUGGAUCCCUGAAGAAUGGAUUGAAAGCAUCGAAUUUAUGAGUUAA